AGGAGCGCAAAGGGUUGUUAGCGCUCGUAAACGGGUAGUAAAAGCACAAGCAGGUGCUUCGCGGUUGCGGUUUCCGACGUCUCCGUCGGACAUUUGAAGUCAUGGAAUAUUUCACCCGGUCGACAAGCAUGGACUCGAAGGUACGCCGUUCUUUGCAUGUUUUCCAGUUGUUGGGAAUGGGGAGCUCAGUGAUCUCACCUGAGAGGGUGUCAAUAAACGGCUUCAGGUACACUCAGGGAAGGCAGAAGAACACGCGUCGCACUCUUGCUACAAGCGACACUGUGCCUUCAGAGUGGGUUUACAACACAGGAACUUGCAUUCACAACCCAUGCCGCGGCACAUGAAUUGUUUUUCUUCGAUUAUAAAAUGUUUCUGCUCAUGAUAAGCCAAAAUCUAAAUACACACACGUCUCGUCACACAUUCACACAAUCGUCACGUGCUGUGCUGCGCUGCUCUUCGCAUUUGUUAACUGCACUUUGUCGACCCGCUGUUAGGAUUGUGCGUCACAAUGAUUUAUGCACGCUGAACGUGCAGUCGCUUCAUUUGCCCCACAUGGAUAAGCUCCUCCCACCUCAGUCCUCUUCAGCGGGGUCGUUAAAUGUUACGGAACGACCGUAUUUUGUUAUGGAAAUCACUGAACGUUGACUCGUUAUGGCUGAAACACUGAUUGUUCCGGAUAUUUGGGAGAAAAAAAAAAAAAAAAAUCCAGUGCCUGACAUUAUCGGCACGUCCACAUUGAACAGCUGCUCGGUGCACGCUAUUUUAUUCCGGCUGCCAAGCCACGCAGGCAGAGGUUCUCUUUUCGUCCCGUGUCAACGCAUUAAAAUCACUGAUCAUCAUCUCUAUACUAGCGAAUAAGCUACACUACUUAGCGUGCUUCUGACAAAAGUGUCACGAAGGGAGGACGAGGAGUGGCUAGGCAAAGACACGUGCUAAUUGCUAAGCUAUCGUUACAAGCAGUUGCAAAACAUUGAAAUUAUUUAUUUAGUGAAACAAUACAUAGGUCUGGCUGGAACCACAUUUUCAUGGAGAGUAAACAACUUUGAACAACAAAAUAGCAGGCUAAUUAAAAUGGUAAAUGGACGAGCACUUCUAUAGCACUUUAUCCAUAUCAUCACAGUGCCCAAAGCGGUUUACAAGGCCUCACAUUCAUACACCAAUGGGCGGCUGCUGCCAUGCAAGGUGGUGCCAGGCGCACUGGGAGAAAUUAAGGUUCAGUGUCUUGCCCGAGGACACUUCGACGUGCGGACAGUCGUUGCCGGUAUUUGAACCAGAGACCCUUCGGUCACUGGACGACCUGUUCUACCUACUGAGCUACAGCGGCCCACGUAAUUAAUGUUUCUAAAACUACUCUGCGCAUAAAACAGUUCAGCUUUUUUUUUUUAUUUCCAUGUAGUGCGAAGAAAAGAAAUCACUGUCCACACUAUCAAAAAGUGGUCCUGCAGCUUUGCUAACAUCACUUUCCGAACUGACAUACAAAAAUGCUAAAUUAGCUAAUGAUAAUAACCAUAAAAAAAAAAAACACCUUCAAUGUAUGCGUGGGAUUUUUCUUCGGAUUGGACGGAGAAUUUUUUAAUGCCAGAAGCUGAACUUGGUAUUCACCACCAAUCAUUCUUAGAACUGACUACAUCAAACAACUCUCUAAAAUAAGACCAAGGAUGAGGAAUAUCUUGCUUCUCUGAGUGGUUGUUGAUGCGCCCUGUUCCUCCGUCUUGCUGUGGCCCAUUUUUUGCUGUGCCCAAGAGCUCAACCUCUCUUUUUUAUGUCUUGGAGGUUGAAACCAGCCAAUUUUGACAAUGUCAUGGGUAGAAAGUACACAUACCUUUUUUUUAUUAUUAGGUUUAGGGGGAAAUAGGGAGGGAAUGUAAAAAGCGUUCUGAAAAUAAAUACUCUAUUAAAGUACAGAUACCUUAAAAUGUACUUAAGUACAGUAACAAAGUAGCCAAGUAUUUUUGUGAACGGAAGAAAAUUGAGUGAAGUCAAAAGCUUUCUGAAGAAUAAAUAUGAAGUAGCCACAAGUGUUUUUGUGAAAAAGAGGAAAAUUAAGUCAAAAGCUUUUAGAAAAAUACUCAAAAGUACAGAUACCAUUAAAAUGUGCUUGAGUACACUACAGUAAAGAAGUACCCACCAUUGUGUGUUUCGUGAAAAAUAAGAAAAUUAAGUUAGUCAAAAGCUUUCAGAAAAAUACUCAAGUUACAGAUGGCUUUAUAUUUAGUUAAGUACGGUAACAAAGUAGCCACCACUAUUUUUUGUGAAAAAGAAAAUUAGGUACAAAAGGUUUUCGAAAAAUAAGUAUUUAAGUAAAGUACAGAUACCUGGAAGUGUACUGGAGUCCAGUAACGAAGUAGCCAGAACUAAGUGCUUUUCGUGAAAAAAGAAGAAAAUGUGAUCUUUGAAGCCUUUAUGUCGCUUUUUUUUUGUUUGUUUUUUUGGGUGCCCCUCGCGGCGAGCUCUGGUAUUGCGUCCGCUCUCCCGCCUGCUGGCAGCAGCGGUCCGCGCAUGCGCACACUCGCGCUCGUGUGUUUGUCAGCUCAAAGCCGAGCGAGCAGCAGGCCGCCAUUUUCUCAGCGUCUCUCCCUAAAAGCGGAGAAAAAGACGAGCGUUCAACGGCCGUUCGGACAGCAUUCCGCCUGUCGCAAGUCGGAAAUUUCGCCAUGUGUCGUCGCGAGAUGCUCUCCACUUGACCCAGUCGGGGCCCUGGGAGGACUUGUUCGACGGCCUUGUGCUGAAAUUGGCGAGCAAGGUGUAGCUCGUUGAUUCGUCCAUUGCCUCAAUCCGGAACGAAGCCGAGUGGCCCCCGUCAGGCGGGCCCCCGGUUGUAUUCUGCGGACACAUUAAUGGCCUAGCGGUCGAUUCCAGCCGCCUUUUUUUUUUUUGCCCUUCUUCCCCCCCCCCCUCCCCUCUCACCCAGCCCGCGGAGUGCAGCAGGGAAGUGUUCGCCGAAUUCCCUCGGAUAGUGCGAGCUCGUCACGUGGCUGUCCUCCAGGGGGGCGGUAAGCGGUGGGUGUGGAGCAGGCCACCGUGCCCGUCCCUCUGCACUGCAUGGCUGCGAUGGCGCCCGCUCUUACCGACGCCCCAGCCGAAGCUCACCACAUCCGCUUCAAACUGGCUGCCCCGUCAUCGAGCUUGUCGCCAGCCAGCGCCGAGAACCACCCCAACGCCAGCAACAUCCUCAUCCACGGCAGCGGCCCCCCCAAGUGUAAGGUGGCCCCCGAAGACACGCGUCCCCUUGACUUGUGCGGCGGAGACCAGGAUCAUCAUCACCAGCAGCAGCAGCAGCCGCUGAACUCCCAAGGAGAUUCCCUGGGGAAGCUCCAGCCCCUGGUGGCGUCAUACCUUUGCGCCGAUGUGACCCCCGUGCCCUCCUCUAAAGAGUCGAUCACGCUGCAAGGGGUCCUCAUCAAACAGUCGGUCUUGAAAAGUCACCGAAUCCUGCCCGGCUCCCUGCUCAACGGCGGAGACUUCCUGUUGAGGAAGCGGCACGCCAUAGAACUUUCCGGAGGCCAGCUCAAAAGCCUCAUGAGUGGCAGCGCCAACGGUGGAGGACAGCCGGUGGCGCCCGUCAACGGCCUGGCCAAGAAGCUGGCCGCCGUGCCCGGCUCCGGCUGCAUGAUGGCGGCGCUGAAUGGGGAUAAGGCUCCGACGCACUCUCAUGCGCCGGACACGCCGGCUCCCGUUCCCGCCAAAGGAAGCCUUAACUGCAAGCAUUCCCCGGGAGUUUGUCCAAAUUCGCAACCGUCGACUCUAUCUCCCUGUUCCCACGGCAACCACGAACCCGGGGGCGACGACGCAAAAUCGGCGACGCAGUCGCACGCUACCGACCGCGAGAGGCCGGGGUGCAGCCAGGGUGGCUCCCCAUCCCGUGCGUCCCUUUUGGACGCCGUCGACGCUCAAGUGGGGGAGCGCGCGCGCCUCAGCAGAAGCCGCCAGGCGGAGAUCGAAGGUCGCCUGCGGCGGUUGCGUAAGCGCCUGCAGGUGGUCCAGGCCAAGCAGGUGGAGCGCCACGUUCAGCAGCAGCUGGGCGGAUUCUUGGACUCGGCCGUCAGCCGCCUGUUGGCCGGAGGCCGCAAGGACCACGCUGGCCCUGCCGCGCCCUGGAGGACGGGACGCCACUCGAGCUUGAACAGCAGAGACGGCCUGGGACGCUUCCUGAAGAGCGGCACCGUGCCUUUGGAACUGGAAAGGUUGUAUCUGAGCGGCUCGGCCAACCUGCGUUCGGUGGAGAAAGCCUUCGACUCGGACGUGACGGAGAGCAGCUCCGGGGGGGACUCGGACCUGGAGGAGGAGGAGCUGAGCAGGGUGGAUGUCGAGCAACGUCAUGUCAAAAUAUGGAAGCGUGCGGAGAGUCGCUACACGCUGGAGAGGGCGGCCAUCAUCAGUCACUGGAACUGGCUGCAGGCGCACAUCUCGGACUUGGAGUACCGCAUCCGACAGCAGACAGACAUCUUCAGGCAGAUCCGCACCAGCAAGGGCUCCGUGGAGCUGGGAGGUGUCAGCCCUCAAGAAGCCAAGACGGAGCCCGCAAACACUCAGGAUGCAUCUUCAGAGCGUGUGGAGCACAUCACCACAGCAGAACCUCGGAAAACUCAAAACGGGCAGCCAGUCAAUGGCGUCCUCAGCAGGGUGGCGGAGUGCAUUGACGCCAAGCACCAGCAGACGGCGGACAGCACGUGUGUGGCGGCGCGGACGCGGCCUCUGAUUGGCUGGCGGCGGCGGAGACUGAUCCAGCCCAACACCGUGGCUAACCUGACUGGAAAGGGGAGUCGAAGCAGCCGCGUCCCGCGCCCGUGCCGCAUCAACCCCGGCUGCGUGAUGUGCGGGGGCCGGCCCGCCCCCAGAGAGGACCCCCAGUUCCAGCUGCCGGUCCUGGAGCGCCUGUCCAGACUGGAUCUGGCCGUCCACCCCAUCCUGUCCUUCCCCGACGAUGUGGGCGUGGGCCUUCGCGUGCAGCAGGCGAUGAAGACGUGCUGGAGCGGCCGGUCGCUGGAGAGGAGCAAACCCCUCAAGAAGUUCUCGCUCAAACACAAGCUGUCGUCAUCCAAAGAGAAGCACAAGUUCGCCAGCUCUCUCAUGGCAGUCAGGCUGGGCCAUUACAAGAGUCGAGCGGACAAGUCGCGGACGCUGGAGGGCGGCGGCGGCGGGGCCUGCAAGACGGAGCGACUGCACGCCGUCUCGGCGACACCCGGCCCGUACGACAGGAACUUUAGCCGCAAGAGAUUACGAGAGCCCUCGUUGGACAGGAGCGACUCCUCUCCGAAAUUCUUCAUGGACUCCGGCGGCGUGCCUCAGUGUCCGGCGCUAUCCGGCGUCCACAGCCCCGUCACGCGACAGCUGUCCACAUCCUCAGACAACGCCGCACCGUUGCAGCCCGUCAAGAGGAGGCGCGGCGAAAGCUCCUUCGACAUCAACAACAUCGUCAUUCCCAUGUCUGUGGCCGCCACCACGCGAGUGGAGAAGCUGCAGUACAAGGAGAUCCUCACGCCCAGCUGGCGAGCCGUGGACGUCUUGUCUCAGCCCGCUGCGCAGGACGAGAACCAGCGAGAGGUGGAGGACUUGUCUGACGCGGCCUUCGUCCAGCUCCAUCAGCCGUACGAGGACCAGGAGCGUUCGCGCUGGACUUGGAUGGCGCUGGCGCCGGCCAAGCGAAGGGGCAGCAGGUCGUAUAAGUCCGUGGACGGGCGCAGCACGCCGCUGUUGUGCGGCACCAACCCUCCUACCCCCCAGCCGGCGUCGCCCGAGCACGGGCACUACCCGCUGCUGCACGACUACGGGCACGUGCCCUCCCCCGCGAGCCCCCCCAGCCCCGACACGCCCUGCUCCCGGGACUCGCACCGCCUCGUGUCCAGCGAGGACACCAGAUGCUCCACGCCCGACUUCGCCUUCGAGGAAAGGACUGUGGCGCCGUGGGAGCGACGAAACUUCCCGCUGGCCGAAGACCCGGAACCGGAGCCCGAGGCGGAGGGCGGGCACGCGAGGACAGGGACGCGGAGCCCGUCGGGAUGCCGCCCCGACUCUGAUGACAGCGAGCCGCCUUGUUUCCACGACGAUGGUGACGGCAAACGGCCGUGAGCGGACUUGUGCGCUUCCUGUUGUUUGAUAUUCAAACCUCAGUCAAUUCUUUCACAGUUUUUAGUGAACAUGACGCAACAUGUUACAAGUUGGAUUCGUGUAGUAGGCUAAACAUGUACAUGGGGGGGGUCAGCAGCGUUCAAUCCACGGCUCGUAGCGCACAUGUAGCGACUCCUACAAAAUGGCCAAAGGAUGUUUUUCUAUCCUUUAGUUUGCUUGUAAUUCCCAUGUACAUUUUAGUGGAGUGACAAAUAAAAGAAAAGCUGGGGAAAAAGUCUGGCCCCUCCCAUCCACAUAAACAGGUACAUUUCGUGUGUGCCCCCCACCGUUUCCCUUCACUCCCCCCGGAGCAGAGCACUUGACUUUGGUUGCUUUCUUUUUCCAUUCCUGACACGUUCAUAUGUUGUGUGUUCCAGCGUAAACUUGUGCGUCUUUGACUUGUGAAGCAUUCCUACUGACCCCCCCCCCCCCCAACCCCCCAUUUUCACCUCAUGCCCUCGAGGGCCGCACUUGUCCUAGGAGGCGUUAACAGUCACGUAGCAGGGCUGGGGUGGUCGAAGCUCUCGCCGUUCACGCCGCGUUCCGCCCGUCGGCCGUCCGUCAACUUGAUUACUAUGCAAAAGGAAAAGUCAAAAAAAAAAAAUCCAUAGUUUGCUUUUUUGCCACAGCCAAUCACUGUCCUCUCCAGUAGUGACGUCACAUGUUGAUGUACCUGUUCCAUCGUUGCAGCAGUUAUUGCUAUUGUUUGCUUUUUGUAAAUAGUUCCAUUAAAACAUUUGUGUUCAA